AACAAUGUCUGUGUGAGUGCUUCAUGAGUGUAGCGUCGAUAGAGAAAAGCAUUAAAAAAAAUUCAUCGACAAUUCGAUAAAAAUUUGCAGAUCAGCUAAUUAAAUUCUCCCCUAAAGUGGUCAUAGUUAUUGCUGGCAAAAUAAAUACCACUAGCCUCCGUGAUAUUGAAUCAAUAAUCUGUAUUUUAUUCACUAAAUACAAAAAUAGUCCAUCGAGUACAACAAUCAGUUGCAAGUGAGGUUAAAGUGUGACUAACGAGUGGGAAAGAAUAGUAUUAGAAUUAGAUUUUAAAGUAAUAAUCCGGUAACUUUAGCCUGAAUAACAGUGUGAAGAUUAUUCAGGAUAAAUAAUAAAAGAUAAUACAUAAUAUUUCAUAAAAAAAAUUAGGGGGAAACCAGUUAAUGGUCUGUGCUGCUGCCUAUACAGUUCGUUGUCAUUUGAAAACGGAAGCCAUCUUGUGGCUGAGUCUCCCAUAUUAUAGUCUCAUAGGGGUGAACCAAAGAGAAUAUCAUCAAACUUGAUUCCUGAUAAAUAAUCACAAAUACUGAUUAAAAUUAAUUUAAAUAAAUAAACCUGAAAAGCACUCUGUCGAUACAAUAAUUGUUUAAUUCGGACUAUGAAUAAAUCAUUUGGCCAUAUGUUUACAUAGCCAUGGCUGCGACGAGAAAGUUGCAAGGUGAAAUAGACCGGUGCCUUAAAAAAGUGACCGAGGGUGUUGAUACAUUUGAGGAUAUUUGGCAAAAGGUUCACAAUGCGACAAACAGCAAUCAGAAAGAAAAAUACGAGGCCGAUCUCAAGAAGGAGAUCAAAAAAUUACAGAGGUUACGUGAUCAGAUCAAAAGUUGGAUUGCCUCCGGGGAAAUUAAGGACAAAAGCACGUUACUCGACUACAGAAAGUUGAUUGAAACGCAAAUGGAGAGAUUCAAAGUUGUCGAGAGGGAAACUAAGACAAAGGCGUACUCCAAGGAGGGCCUUGGAGCAGCGCAGAAACUCGAUCCAGCGCAGAAGGAGCGCGAGGAAGUUAGCAAUUGGCUUGCUAAUUCUAUUGACUCUUUAAAUCUUCAGCUGGACACAUUUGAAUCCGAAAUAGAGUCCCUCCUUGCUGGUAAGAAAAAACGAUUGGACAAGGAUAAACAGGAUAGAAUGGAUGAGUUGAAGGGUAAAUUGGAGAAACAUCGUUAUCACAUUCGUAAAUUAGAAACACUCCUCAGAAUGCUGGAUAAUAUGUCGGUGGAAGUUAAUACAAUAAAGAGGAUAAAGGACGACGUUGAGUAUUACAUUGAGUCAUCACAGGAGCCUGAUUUUGAAGAAAAUGAAUACAUUUACGACGAUAUUAUUGGUCUCGACGAAGUGGAAUUGUCGGGUGUUGGUAUUCCAUCAUCAGCAACAACUGAUAGUAAUAAUAGUAAUGAAACUGGUGGUACACCAACAUCAACAAAUUCAGGAACAUCACCAAUACCAUCACCACCAUUGAGUUCAACGAUGCACAAUCAUUCGAGUGAUAGUUCAACUGACACGGAUAAAAAGACAAAAGAUGAAUUGUUACAGCCGGUGAAACCAACAGCAGUACGACCCCUUAUGAAUACGUCACAGACGAGCAUUCCAGCAGCAGGCACCACUGCCAUCCAGAAAUCACCAAUGUUAACAAGCAGUACACCAAGUAAAAUCAUUCCCAUGACAUCGAGCCACAGUUCACCGAUAUCAACAUCAACGAAUCACGUAACGACAAGUAACGCCGGUAAUUUUGCAACGGUUGCUGCAUCGCACACCAAUUCUCAAGCAAUUCACUCUACCUCCACUAAAAUUUCAUCCCACAGUAGUGAAAAUGGCUUGUCGUGUUUAAUGACAACGAGCACACCAACAUCAUCGCAGAACAUCUCCCAAGUGCAGUCGCAGAUUCAAUUACAGACGAGUCAACAGCAGAUUCAGGCAGAGGAGUUUCGACGAGUUCAGCAGCAAAUUACACCAAUUCAGCCACCAGUACAGUCACCCCCGCAGUCCCAGACACCAAUUCAACCACAGGCAAUUCAGCCAGUCCAGCAUGUUCAGCAUCAGUCCUCGACGCCACAGCCUAUGCCCCAAAUUCUUCAAAAUUCAUCCCAAAUCGCACAGCAACAGCAGCAACAACAGCAACAGGUUCCAGUAUCUCAAAAUCCAUCUCACCAGAUGUCUAAUUCCUCGAUACCAGUCUCCACAACGACAAUGCCAACGGGUCUUAUCCUGGUUCACAAUCAGAGUCAAAAUCACAACAGCACCACCAGCGAUGAUAUGACAACACCAGUUCAUCCAUCAGCAUCACCUCAGUCAUCAAUGAGCAGCAGAUCAUCACCAAUACCGGCCAAUUCGUGUUCACCAGCGCCAUCUACUGCCAAUGGAUUAAUAACAAAACUUCCUGAUGGCAUGACAUCGUUGAAAAUUAUUGCCCAAAAUGCCAUUGAUCGUGCUGGACUUGAAAUACCACCAGGUGAUACCAGUAGAAAUAUAUUUGACAGUUCGAAGACUAAUACAGCAACAUCAGAGGCACAUAUUCCACCUCUACUUGGUGUUGCACCAUUGGGACCUGUUCCAUUGCAGAAGGAGCAUCAAAUGCAGUUCCAGAUGAUGGAGGCAGCGUAUUAUCAUAUGCCUCAUCCGUCGGAUUCUGAGAGACUCAGGUCGUAUUUACCGAGGAAUUUAUGCCAGACACCACCGUAUUAUCAGCAGGUUCCUCUGCCGCACUCAGAUACCGUCGAAUUUUUCCAACGACUAUCAACGGAAACUCUAUUCUUCAUAUUUUAUUAUAUGGAAGGGUCGAAGGGACAGUACUUGGCAGCCAAAGCUUUGAAAAAACAAUCGUGGAGGUUUCAUACUAAGUAUAUGAUGUGGUUCCAGAGGCAUGAGGAGCCAAAAGUUAUUAAUGAAGAAUACGAGCAGGGUACAUACAUCUACUUUGACUACGAAAAGUGGGGUCAGCGUAAGAAGGAGGGCUUCACAUUUGAGUACAAGUACUUAGAAGACAGAGAUCUUAACUGAAUGAGAAAAAUUAAUUGCCAAGAAAAUUUCCAACGUAUAAAAAACACUGCACUAAUUCUGUAUCGGUAUUAAACAAUGAGAACACGUGAACUCUCAAAGUCGUUAGAGAAAGUCAAAGAGGGGAAAAAAAAACAAAAA